UUUUUGUAAAACCACGCCUCUUUCAAUAGGCACACCCUCUUGUGGAAAAUUAUUGGAAUAGUUUCUGUAUCCCUGCAGGUCAUGAGUGGAGUGAAUCAAAAGACUGAAACGAUGAAGUCUGCUGGUGGGGGUGUGGGGGUUAAUCUCAAGUACCUGAGUCUGAUAGUCCUAGUAGUACAAAACACUAGUAUGGUCUUGGUCAUGCGAUAUUCUCGUACCAUGGAGGGCCCUCGGUACCUCUCGUCUACAGCUGUCGUACUCAGCGAGAUCACAAAAUUUGUGACCUGUUUUUUCCUAGUUUUGAAUGGUAACGGUUGGCAGAUAGGGAUAACUCUGAGAGAGCUAAAGACAGAGAUUAUUGAUAAAUAUAUCGAGACGUUAAAAGUUUGUAUUCCCUCCUUCCUUUAUACUGUUCAGAAUAAUCUCCUCUACGUUGCUCUCUCCAAUUUAGAUGCAGCUACAUUCCAGGUUACAUAUCAAUUGAAAAUAUUGACAACAGCUAUAUUUGCUGUAACUCUUCUUCGUAAGCAGAUACUAAAGAGCCAGUGGCUGGCACUGGGUAUGCUCACACUAGCAGUGGCACUAGUACAGUGGCCAUCAGGAGGUUCAGAAAGUAGUACCAAUACCAACUCAACUAAUUCGAUGAAGUUAGUUGGGCUGGUUGCUGUCCUGUUGGCUUGUGUUAGCAGUGGGUUCAGUGGUGUGUACUUUGAGAAGAUGCUAAAAGGAUCAGAGACAUCUAUAUGGAUUAGGAACAUCCAGCUAGGUAUACUGGGACUGGUUUUUGGUCUAAUGGCAGUAUUUGUCACUGAUUACAAUAAAGUGAUGAAGGAUGGGUUCUUUCAAGGUUAUAAUAUAGUGGUGUGGACUGUCAUUGCACUACAGGCUUUAGGUGGUCUUAUUGUUGCUACUGUCAUAAAAUAUGCUGACAAUAUUCUAAAAGGUUUUGCUACUGCUGUUUCCAUUGUUGUGUCAUCUGUUCUCUCCUAUUUCUUCCUGGGAGACUUUGAUCCCACCAUUAAAUUUGGUAUUGGAACAGUAUUGGUCAUAGGAGCUACAUUCCUUUAUAGCUAUCAGCCUCCAAAGAAACCCGAACCAAUACUACCAACAACACAGCAGGAACACAGUGACAAAAUAGAAAAUAAAGUUUAAUGUCAAUUUUUUUUAAUUUAGUAUUUAAAUAAAAGUCUGCAUGCAUAGCACAAAUUAUUUGGUCGAGAUUAUGAUA